UCUCUAUCGGUGCAGCGGAGAUUCACGUUCACAUUCCCGGCCGGCCCAAGAAACACAAGAAUAACUUUACACAGUUUACAAAAAACUAUAUAACCCCACUCUUUGAAAAUAGAAAAGAAACAAAGGGGCCGAACUUAAAAUUUGAUAUAAAUAAAGCGGACGUUAAGUUGGCUGCAUAUUUCCUCGCAACAUUUUCGCAGCGGUGCAAAAAAUAUCGCGCUGGAGAGACUUGUUGCUCGCGCGUCUUUGGCGUUUACUCGCGAGCUUCAGUUGAAAUACUCGAUUCACCCUAGUCUGCUCCAGGCUUCGGCUUGGAGGUCUCAACCGCCAUCAUUGAUCCCAGCAGUUGGAGUGGCAGUGAAAGCUCUGCCGAGGACAUCGAGAGGAUGAGCGACUCAGCAGACAAGCCCAUUGACAAUGACGCUGAGGGGGUUUGGAGCCCUGACAUCGAGCAGAGCUUCCAGGAAGCGCUGGCCAUCUACCCACCCUGUGGACGCCGCAAAAUUAUCCUCUCGGAUGAGGGCAAGAUGUAUGGUCGAAAUGAGCUGAUAGCCAGAUAUAUUAAACUCAGAACUGGGAAGACGAGGACAAGGAAGCAGGUGUCUAGUCACAUACAGGUCUUAGCAAGAAAGAAAGUUCGAGAAAUCCAAGCUGCCAUCAAGGUAUCUAGUCACAUUCAGGUUCUUGCCAGAAGGAAAUCUCGUGAGUUUCAUUCCAAGCUAAAGGAUCAAAGUGUGAAGGACAAAGCUCUCCAGAGCAUGGCCUCCAUGUCUUCAGCCCAGAUCGUCUCCGCCACAGCCAUCCACAACAAGCUGGGUCUUCCAGGCAUCCCACGUCCUGCCUUCCCUGGAGCAGCAGGGUUUUGGCAGGGCAUGAUUUCUACGGGCCAGCCUGGAUCCUCGCAAGACAUCAAACCAUUUGCUCAACAAGCAUACACUAUCCAGCCAGCAGUCACAACUACAAUUUCAACUUAUGAGCCUGCAGCACCACCAGCACACACAUUUCCUGCCUGGCAGGGCCGAUCUGUCGGCACAUCGAAACUCAGACUGGUGGAGUUCUCCGCUUUUCUGGAACACCAGAGAGAUCCAGAUUCUUAUAACAAGCAUCUUUUCGUGCACAUCGGUCAGACAAAUUACUCAUACAAUGAUGCCUUGCUGGAGUCGGUGGACAUUCGUCAGAUUUACGAUAAAUUCCCAGAGAAGAAAGGAGGAUUAAAGGAACUGUUUGGCAAGGGUCCUCAGAAUUCCUUCUUCCUUAUUAAGUUCUGGGCUGACUUAAACUGCAACAUUCAAGAUGAAACGGGGGCCUUCUACGGAGUGACCAGUCUGUACGAGAGUCCGGAGAACAUGACCAUCACCUGCUCCACAAAGGUUUGCUCAUUCGGCAAACAGGUCGUGGAGAAAGUGGAGACAGAGUAUGCUCGCUUCGAGAACGGACGCUUUGUCUACAGGAUAAGCCGAUCUCCCAUGUGCGAGUACAUGAUAAACUUCAUCCACAAACUCAAACACCUGCCUGAGAAAUACAUGAUGAAUAGUGUCCUGGAGAACUUUACCAUCUUGUUGGUGGUCACGAACAGAGACACACAGGAGACCCUGCUGUGCAUGGCCUGUGUGUUCGAGGUGUCAAACAGUGAACACGGAGCCCAGCAUCACAUCUACAGACUUGUGAAGGAAUGAAGCCGUUCUUUCACAAAGACUCUCAACCUCAGUACAGUGGCAGUGCCUCUCGCUUAACACUUACUCAAGAUGAUUUUCCCACACAUUUGGGUGACGCAUAUAAUUAUAUAUUUUUUUCUUUAUUAAUAUGUGUUUGACGUAUAACUGCACCUGUGAAUUGCGGUACAGUUGUAUUAUGCUUUAAUACGAGAAAGAAUGUCAACGUUCAUUUCAUAGGCUGUACAUAUAAAAUGACAGUAUCAUUCGAAUUUAAGCAUGGGUUGAUUUAGAUUGAAUCUAAAAAAAACAACCUCACUUUGAUUUUUAUCCUGUAAGUUCACGAAAAGAUAACAUAUUAGUCUCCUGUCCGUGUUUUAUGUCAUUUGUAUGAACGUGUAUGGGUGUAGCCAUAAAUGUGUGAUUUAGGUGUACAAAUGUGUAUAUACAUUCUCACAUACUUGUAGGUUUUCCCAAAGAAAAGGUAUUUGAGAAAUGUCAUUCUUUAUUUCUAUUUUAUUUGAAUGAACGCUACUGUAGAUGAAAAAAGAAAACAUUAUUGUGGCUGUCGGAAAACAGCAGUUCCUGCAUUCAGAACAUCCAGAAAAUUCAGGGAAUUCAGUAGUCCAGCCAUUGAAAAGAAUUGUUUUGUGCACGUUCCUUUAUUCCUUUUCGUUGGCAUCCGGAGCAAUUACUGCACUGUGAUAACAGAAGUUUAUAGCAACCUGUGUCUAUUUUCACUUAUGUCAUCGCCUGCAAUAAGAAAACGCAGAAAAUUAACCCCCUUACUGUUUCCUCUACAGUUAAAUGUCUCCUGCCAACAUGCUUGUGUAAAAAGUAAAACAAGAAGCAUUGCAUUAACUAACAGGGGAUGAUAGAUUAUCUAUCGACUUAACCCGAGCACUUGGAUCCACUUGUUGGACUUGCCUUAGAGCGUAAACUCCCACAGAUUUCCCCUCUGAAUUGGGACACAAUUGUUCCACAGAUGAAGCCCAUCCCUGAACAUGCUCUCCAUCUUUAAUACAGAUUUAGUUAUGGAAUCAAUCCUGCUGCCUUUGUCAUACCCACACAGCCCAUGUCUCAGUGGCCUAAUCGUUUUGUACGACUGCAAAGCCUUAAUAAUAGUUGUGUGAACUCCAAAAGAUGCCACUAAAGCUGUGACCUCUUUCCUAAGCUGGAAGACUUCAUUAUCGUCACAUGUUUUAGGAAGUGUACAGUACAAAACUGCCAAAGUGUAACAAUAUACAGCACAGUGCCUUAGUGUAUGAAGUUAACACAGAAGAGCAUCAUUAUUUAAAUUCUAUAGUAUGUGUCAUCAUAAUUAAAGAGCACUGGCCAGUGUGCACAUUUGGUCGACCUUUAACCGUUUCUUACUGAAGUCUCAGUGAUGUAAAACGUAUGACAUGCAUAGCUAUCCGAUCUUGCCUUUUUUAUCCGUAAAAAGACCAAAAAGUGUAAGGAGAUGCAUUUAUCUCCUCUUUGUUUCCUGCACUGUAGCAUGAAAGUGCCUUUGGUUCAGACUUUUCCAGCUUAGAAAAGACUUAAAGGAAUAGAUCACACAAAAAUGAAAUCUCAUCAUUUACUCACUCUCGUGCCGUCUUCACUCGCAUGACUUUCUUUCCUCUGUGGAACAAAAAUGAAGCUUUUUUAAAUGAUGCAUCCCAUGAUGUGUUUAUGUCGCUACUCUGGAAGUCAUUGGGGUCCAGCAUUUUGAAGCUCCAAAAAGGACAUUAAGGCAGCAUAAACAUAAUAUAUACGACUCGAGUGGUUAAAUCCAUGUCUUCUGAAGUCAUACGAUUGCUUUGUGUCAGAAAUGGACCAAAAUGUGAGUCCUUAUUCACUAUAAAUCUUAAAUGCGCUAUGGAUACUGCGGAUGUCAAGAUUAAUAGUGAAUAAUAUGGACUUUGGUCUGUUUCUCACCCAAAGCGACCGUAUUGCUUCAGAAGACAUGGAUUAAACCACUUGAGUCUUUUAUGCUGUCUUUGUGUCCUUUUUGGAGCUUGUAAGGUUUUGACCCUAUUGACUUUGACUUUUUUAGGACAAAAACUCAUUGUACAUCCUUCAAAAUGUCUUGGUGUUUUGCAGAAGAAAGUCAGUCAUACCAAUUUUAAACGUCAUGGGGGUGAGUAAAUGAUGAGAGGAUUGUCAUUUUUGGGUGAACUAUCCCUUUAAUAUUAUUUUGCAUUAUUAAGAUUAUCAAAAAUACCAAAUAAGUGGAUGUCGGUAAAAUAUUCACCACAUUGCCUUCAUAAAAUUUUAUAGAAAAAUCAACAUGGGCUAGUGAGUGGAUAUGUACGGAGAUAAAUUUAUAUAGUAUCUAUUAAAGAGAAAAAUAUCUAUCAGCAUUUGAUUUGGUGGAUGUGGCAAACUGUACAUUUAUUUGAAGAAAGUUGAGUUCCUUUCUGUGACAGACUUAUUUGACAUAGAGCUUUAGCUACUUUUAUAGUGCAUAAUCAAAUUGUAAAUGUGAAAAACCUCAUGGCGUAAUUUUUUUUAUUGGUUUUAAGCCAUUAUAAUGUCAUUUUUUCUUUAUUGAAUUUAGUAAACACUAUAAGUGACGUCAAGGUGUGUUACACAUCAAACCUUAGCAAAUAGUCACCCACAAGGUCACUUGUAAAAUCCUUUAUGGAUAAAGCUGGCUUCACUAGACCAUACACUACAUUUAUUGUUUUUGUAAGUGGAUGAUUUCAAAGGAAGCAUCAGAGUAAAAGACUAAGUUAGAUUUACGGCUCUGUAUUUUGUACCGCUUUAAGUAAACUGUGGAGUUCAGUAUGCUUGAUAUCAAAAAGGCAAACAAUGUCAAUCGUUUUGUGUUUGUCUUCCCUUCGCCCUUUGUUCAUGUUUCAUAUAGAGAUCUUCCUGUAUUGUUCUACAUGUAUGCGAUGGUUUUGUGAUGAUGUUUUGGGUGGUGAUACUGUUACUGCUGCUCUGCUGGUGCAUUCGCUAUGUCAGUUCCUCCUUUAACAGUCUGUAGGGAUCUGAGAACUUGUGUCUUUAAUAUGAUGAAUGUCAAACGGACAUUAUUUUGCUUGUAAUGGAAACUACGCAAGGAUUUUAAUGGAAUCUGGACUACAGUAUGUCAGCAGUUUAGCUUACGUUUUUUGAUCGUUUGUAUUUUGUCUAUGUGUAGGUACUGGUACCUCCUAUGUUCAUUACCAUUUAAAGAUGUUGGCUUUAAAGUGAACUUUUCUCCAGUUCAAGAUCGUGUCAUAAGAAGAUAUUGGGUUUGUGUGCAGAGAUUUUUUUUUUUUUUUUUUUUUUUUGUAAAAAGGUGCUUUGUAUAAAAUUAUAAAUUCUGGCUUUUCUUGGUACAAAGGUGUGAUAUCUUUUAAUAUCCCCCUGAUGAUGGGGAAAAAAGACAACAUUGGAGCAAGGCUGAGAGAGAAGAAAAAAAAUCUACUAUGUGUGUGUUCUUUAUUGCAUAUGGUCUUGUCUUUGCUCCGUAACAUUUUGAUGCCUUCUUGAUAAAGUGGUAGAUAUUUUGUAGCUUUCUAGACACUUUGUAUGUAUACAAUAUUGAAUAAAAUAAAGAAUUA